AUGGCGCGCCGUCCACGCAACAGCCGAGCAUGGCGUUUUGUGCUAAGUGGAGUGCGUAGAGACCAGGAUGCCAGGCCACCUGUUUUACCAGCAGGGGAAGAGUCUUGGGGUUAUGAUUCUGAUGGACAGGUGAGUGGUGAAUAAGAGUGUUAAAACAUGUCAUCAAAAUGUAGAUUGUGGUAAAUUGCAAAGAAAACUGUUGUGUAUUGUAUAUAUGUAGUUUAAAAGGACACUGUUGCAAUGAAUCCACUGCAGCACAAUGUGGUUACCUAGAGUAUUCUAGAGUGAUUGGCUGAAAGCAGGUUAUGGUACUCUAAGCUUAUCAAUAUUGGCGGUAAUUCUGGAACAGUCAGUCGAGCUGAAGAUAGGGUGGUCUCCUGGUGAGAUGGAAAGACCUUGUUUUUGGCAAACCACAUCCAAAUAUUUUUUGCGUAAAACCUGGGAGUGGUGCUAUUCUAGGUAGCGUAGCUACACUAGGCUGUAACUGUUAUACAGUGAGUUUAAAACGAAGACAAACAUUACCCUGAAAAACAUAAUCCAGUUAUAUUGACUGAUAUUUCAGCAACAGCCCUUUGAGACAUUGUGUGCCCUAAUUGUUGCUGGCUAGACAUGUUUAAACAAGAUACAGUGGAACCUCGGAACUCGAACUUAAUCUGUUCCAGAAGACUGUUCGAGAACCGAAUCAACAUUUCCCAUAGGAAUUAAUGUAAAAUUGAUUAAUCUGUUCCAGACCCCCCAAAAUUACAGCAUUUUAUAUGGGCAGACAUGGAAUACAGCAUUUAACGGUGUUGCAGUUCCAAAGAUAUAAAAGUGAUAAAUGAUUAUUUUAGCAAUGUAUGCUAUGGAGUCAUAAAGCCACAGUGUGGGAUAUAAUCUUUUGUACUGAUAGCCACAUUUUUAUAUUUACUUUACAUAUUGCUGUUUAUAGUUGUCCCCUGGUAACUCCCUACCGUACUCCAGACCUGUGACUCUAUUAGUAGUACAAAAAGAGAUGGCUCUUGCAAACGCACCCUUUUCUGACUUGAAAAUGAGACGUGGCUCUUUGUUGUAUGUUUGGGUACCGAAGAUUGUUCACGUACCGAGCCUUUUUUUUUUUUUAUUUUUUUAUUUUUUUUUAAACUCAACAUUUUUGUUCGCCUUUCGAAUUAUACAAGAACGUGACCAUGCGAGUUCCGAGGUUCCACUGUAGUUAGAUAAGACUUGAAAGGCUUUAUUGGGGACUCUGUGAUCUAGACACAUGUAAUCAGAAGUGCGAACUUUAUGAAAGUUGAUGUACUGCUAAGCAAAUACUUAUAUUAAUGUUUAAGUAUUACACAGUAGCAUCAACCCAAGCGUCUGCAAUGCAAAAUAAAAUGUAGCAAAAAAAAGCCUUGCUUACUACCACCACACGGUGGUACCUCGGUUUACAAACGCCUCAGUUAACAUUUUCGGUUUACAAAUGUUGAAAAUGCCUCGGUUUACGAUUUAUUUAUAUUUUCGCAAUACGAAGCAAGUUUCCCCAGGAUGCAUUGCGCCUGCGAGGUUUAUAGCGCUGCCCUGUGCAUGCUGGAGUCUGUGGGUAGCACGUGGCGUUGCGUGUGGAGAUGUUGGAGUGGUUUUUGCAGCGGUUUUGGGAUUUUUUUUUAAACUUGUUUGGUGCAUUUCUCAAGCGGUGGAAAGGUGGGGAGCUGAGCUUUGUCGUUUGCAUGCCUUUUACUGUGUGUUUUGCAUUGUGGGUUGGUUCCCAUGCUAGUUCAUUUUGACUUUUUUUUUAAUUUUUUUUUUGACCUCUGGAACAUAUUAAUUGGGUUUUUCAGUGCACGUUUCGGUUUACAAACUUUUUUUUUGCAGUAAGAAAGGUCAUUUUAAAUUUGUAAACAGAGGUACCACUGUAGAUGCAAAACUUUUCCAAGGCUCAGACAGACUGUGAAUGGUGGCCUCUCUAACUCUGCUGCAGUUUGGAUUUGAUGUAAAUAGUCCAUAGUAAAUAACCAGUCUGAAUCUUUUAAAUCCUGUGGGGUUUUUUAUUUUUUUAUUUUUAUUUUUAUAAAUGUAAAGACUUUAUUCUUGACUUUUGUAAUCUUUAAUAUUUGUCACUAGAUGAAGGCUUCAUACUUAAACUAAUCGGAAAAGUUGUUAUGCUAACCGCUAUAUAAAAUAGUUUUGUUAUAUACAAUUAGAAGUGCAAAGAUGACAAUGAAAAUAUUGCAAGGUGAACUAUGUCCGUUUUAUAGUUUAAUCACCCAUGUUUGGAGAGCAACAUAAAGGUGCUCCUUGUAUAUAGAUUAGCAUAAGAACAAUUGGAUUCAUGUUGUUCUGAACUUUGUAUGUUUAUUUUAGAGAAAAAAAAACUGCUGGUCUCUGCAGACACAAGUUCAAUUAACUUGGAUUAAUGGAACUCAUUUACUAAAAAUGUCAAAAUUACGCGAAUACAUGCUGAAUAACCUCUGGACUAUGAUAUACCUAACAUGGAAAACUGUAUUUCUUCAAAAACUUUUUAUUAAGAGAAAUAUAUAUAUAUAUAUAUAUAUAUAUAUAUAUAUAUAUUUUUUUUUUUACAUCAUCCACCCAUCUGUGCUGUAUCUCUUGUAGACCGAUCACAGCUGCAGUUGAGCAUCCAGGGUGUGGAGGUCUCGGCCCAUAUGAAGAAAUAUACUGGCCAUUUUGUACACACAAAGACCUUAGAAAUGCAGCUUCCUAUACAUGUUUCCAGAUAGGAAAAUAAAAUCCACAAGGUUCCUUACAGAUAAUCUAAAGCAUACUCAUGCGUACUCUGUGACAAAGUUUAAUGCUUUCAACGCGAGCGCAUCAGAUCCUGUUGCAUGAGGAAAACCUAUAAAAACGAAAUUCUUUCCUUUCCCAAUAUUUGUCAGGCACAAAAAAAAUCUAAUUGUUUGUGUAUCCAUAUGUGAUGCUGAUAGUCUUGGAUUUCCCCCCCCCCCCCAACAGAACAUAGUAGUGAAUUAGUUAAAAGUCAAUAGCAAUGUUGUCUAACCAACAGAUGUAAAGAUUUUAAACUAGUCUCUCUUCACAGCACAGUAACAGUGAUUCAGACAGUGAUAUACUCCAGCUGCCUCCAUCCAUACCCAGUGCUGUACCGGUAACUGGAGAGUCUUAUUGUGGAUGCGACAGUCAAAAUGAUGCAUACUGCUCCAGCUUACUCACUUUUCACCAAAUGAAAAGCUGCCAGUGUGGAGAGGAGGAUGAAGGUAAGCGCCCAACAUGUCUACAUAUUGUGUCCAAAAGGCUUGAUAACCCUUCUUAUCUUUUCCUUAUUUCUGACUUUUGCUUGCAGAUUUUGAUUGGGUGUGGGAUGACUGCAGUAAAUCCACAGCCACACUCUUGAGCUGCGAUAACCGCAAAGUAAGCUUCCACAUGGAGUACAGCUGCGGAACAGCUGCCAUACGCGGAAACAAAGUGCUGUCGGAUGGUCAACACUUUUGGGAGAUCAAGAUGACUUCUCCAGUCUAUGGCACUGACAUGGUAUGGGAAUGUCUGACAUCCUCAUUCAUUGCACCAGUUCACGUCACCCUGAACAAACAUUACGUGUGAAACUACUGCUGUUCUUGCAGAGAUGCACCAGAUGCGGGUUAGAAUCUGUGGUGGCUUGGGUGUAGGGGCACUUUUGAAAAGUGUCCCGUUUGAGUGUAGACCUCAGACAUGCUCAGUCUUAUUCUAGAAUUUAGUCAAGAGGUAAUAAAUUAAAGCUAGCUUAACAGAGUGUGUUUUUCUUUUACCAGCAGGUAACAGAGCCUUUCAUAUGACUAUUCAAAGGUUGAGUUCAAUCCUCGCUUGGUGCUUUUCCAUUUUCUCCCACUAAUUCAUUUUGCUAAAUUUAACAUCCAUUAUAGUCUAUUGUAAUUGGCCUUAUAUGUAUUAAUAUUGUAAAAUGCCUUGAAUGAAAUUUUUAGUUUUUGAAAACUGAACAAUAGCACAAUCUGCUGGCACUAAAAUCAACUAGUGAUGUCUGAAAUUGGUUCUAGCUGCAGAGUGCAGACUGAUCACGUCUAAGGCUUGUAUUCAGACUUGCUAUGUCCCACCUGGUGGACAUAUUGAGUUGUUUGGUGGUUUGUUUUUUUUGGUUUGUUUUUUGGGGUGGUGGGGUGUUUGCAGCAUUGUAAAUAAGAUGGUUCCUAAAUGAUCUGCACCUAUUGUAUAGAGAUGCACAUUACAAUCUAAGUAGGUAGAUUGUAUAUUGGCGUUUGUUUGCCAAAAGGUGUUUCAUCAAUACCAGCAGCACUAUUAAAGCAUGUCUGCCAAGAUUUCAAGGCUUCCUUUUUAGCUUUCAUUUGGAAUAAUGUAUAAAUGUAUACUUGGUUAAAAAAAUAAAAAUUUAAGUGUGAGAUGUGAAGAAUAUUUCACAUUUCAUUAAUUUAAAACCUUUUAUCAUCCUAUUCAGUCAUCUGAAAAAUGAGGAACCUAUGAGCACAUAAUGUUACUAGUGAGAAUCCUGUAAGGUCACUCUGUUCAUUCCUCUUCCUUUUUGGUUUGCGGUCAAUGAAGCGGGAAUUAACUUGGUAGCGGAGGCUUUCCCACCUUGCAGUUGAGUUGUAUGACUGUAUUAUGGGAACCUGUUUCCAUGGUUUAAUUAUUUUACCGCAUUGGGGAUAAGCAAAGACUUAACAGCUCCAUUAAUGUCUUUAACGAUGGCUGACAAUGCUGGCUGUAGCCUCUGACGCACUUUUUUUUUUUUUUUUUUUUCUCAGAUGGUCGGCAUUGGGACUUUGGAUGUGAACCUGGAUAAAUACCGUCACACCUUUUGUAGCCUCUUAGGUAAAGAUGCAGAGAGCUGGGGGCUGUCUUACACAGGUAGGUGUAGUAUUACAUAAUCUCAAUAGUUAAUUUCCUUUCCUCUGCCUACAACCGAGACCAAACCUAGGCAGCCAUUAGGAAAGUGCAGCCAGUAUUUUAUUUAAGGGGCCUGUCUAAGCCUUAAAGCCUGCAUGGGGUCCUGUAUAGAAAAUCUGUCUAGUUGAAGGGCUAUGUUUCGAUCUCCCCUAACCAGGCAGCAUUUUGGAAUUCCUGUACAUGCCCAUUUGGGGGAUGUAAUAACUGCCUCCUUUCUCCUCGUGUGGUAGUACUAAGAUGAUGAGCUAGGACUGGCAGUUUGAGCUGUUACCCCACAUAUUAAAAUUAUAUCCCUGAAUGUUAUGUUUUUGCAAGAAUUUAUCCAGUUGCUGUUUAAACCUCUAUACAGAGCCUGAUAAAACCACCUCUUCAGACAGAGAAUUCAACAUACUGUUCCUAUUGUUAAAUGCCCUUUCCUGUGCCUUAGACUAAAUCUCCUCCUCCUCUUUUUUUUUUUUUUUAUAAAUACGUGACUGUCCUAAAUAUAGUCUUGUUUAUGAAUAGAUUUGUAUUGACUCUGAAUAGAUUUGUAUAAUGCUUCAUAUCUCCUCGGAAGUGAUCAUUUUUUUUUUUUUUUUUUUCUAAACUAAGGAGAUUUGAUUUUGCUAAAGGAACACUACAGGGCAGGAGUAGGCAACCUAUGGCAUGUGUGCCAUGCAAGGCACCUAAAGGCUGCCAGAGCCAAACAGGCUCUGGCCUAUCAGGAGUCGCCCUGCAACUGGAGUGCCUGUCGGCAUUGUGGUGCUGCAUUGAAGGGGGCUUGUUGGGUGACCCGUGCUCUUUGGGGUCACUCAAUGGCAGUAUAUUCCUGGGGCCCGGUCAGCACUCGAAGAGCGCGACUGGGCCCAGAGCUGGGAGGAAGCAGUUACUUCCUCCCAGCUAACAAAGCGCACCCGCGGGAGGAGAUUGCUGGGGAGGAUAGGAGGGAGCCAGAGCUCAAUUAAAUAAAUAGGACCGGCGUGCUAAGAGACAUCACAAUCCUAUUUCGGCACAGUGCUGCUGAACGGUUGCCUACAAUCCAGUAUUCCUGACCAUAUAGUGUUUAAACCACUUAGGUGACUUGCCCCCCUUAAAAGGUAAAAACUUUCAUUAUUUUCAGCGCCGCACGAUCUACUUCCUUGGCUGACAUCACAACUGAUCUAAAUUUUCAACAGAAAAAGCAUCUGAUUAGGUGAGAUCAAGAUCUGGCCAAUCAGAAUCUCCUCAUAAAGAUGCAUUGAAUUAAUGCUUCUCUACGGGGAAAGUUCAGUGUCUCCAUGCAGAGAGUGGAGAUGCUGAAUGUCAGUGCUGCACUGACCCAGGAAGCACCUCUAGAGGCCUUCAGAGGAGUGGCCACUAGAGGUGUCCUAGAUACUAAUGUACUUAAAGGCAGUAUUAACCUCAAAAAGCCUGCAGGGACAGACUAGACACCAGAACAACUACAUUAAGCUGCAGUUGUUCUGGUGACUAGUGUCCCUUGUCUAUGUUGCACAUAGAAGGCUUAUCAAUAAACUGCAAUCUUUGUUUGGAUUCCAAUAUUGUUGAAUGGGUAGGGCAGUGGCUGAGUGACAGGCAACAGAGGGUUGUAGUUAAUGGAAUAUAUUCGAAGCUUGGACUUGUCACCAGUGGGGUACCUCAGGGAUCUGUACUUGGACCCAUUCUCUUUAAUAUUUUUAUUAGUGAUAUUGCAGAAGGUCUUGAUGGUAAGGUAUGUCUUUUUGCUGAUGAUACUAAGAUAUGUAACAGGGUUGAUGUUCCAGGAGGGAUAAGCCAAAUGGCAAAUGAUUUAGGUAAACUAGAAAAAUGGUCAGAAUUGUGGCAACUGACAUUUAAUGUGGAUAAGUGCAAGAUAAUGCAUCUUGGCGUAAAAACCCAAGGGCAGAGUACAGAAUAUUUGAUAGAGUCCUAACCUCAACAUAUGAGGAAAGGGAUUUAGGGGUGAUUAUUUCUGAUGACUUAAAGGUAGGCAGACAAUGUAAUAGAGCAGCAGGAAAUGCUAGCAGAAUGCUUGGUUGUAUAGGGAGAGGUAUUAGCAGUAGAAAGAGGGAAGUGCUCAUGCCAUUGUACAGAACACUGGUGAGACCUCACUUGGAGUAUUGUACACAGUACUGGAGACCGUAUCUUCAGAAGGAUAUUGAUACCUUAGAGAGGGUUCAGAGAAGGGCUACUAAACUGGUUCAUGGAUUGCGGGAUAAAACUUACCAGGAAAGGUUAAAGGAUCUUAACAUGUAUAGCUUGGAGGAAAGACGAGACAGGGGGGAUAUGAUAGAAACAUUUAAAUAUAUAAAGGGAAUCAACACAGUAAAGGAGGAGACUAUAUUUAAAAGAAGAAAAACUACCACAACAAGAGAACAUAGUCUUAAAUUAGAGGGACAAAGGUUUAAAAAUAUCAGGAAGUAUUACUUUACUGAGAGGGUAGUGGAGGCAUGGAAUAGCCUUCCAGCUGAAGUGGUAGAGGUUAACACAGUAAAGGAGUUUAAAUGACCACUCUAGGCACCCAGACAACUUCAGCUUAAUGAAGUGGUCUGGGUGCCAGGUUCUUCUAGGGUUAACCCAUUUUUUUAUAAACAUAGCAGUUUCAGAGAAACUGCUAUGUUUAUGAAUGGGUUAAGCCUUCCCCUAUUUCCUCUAGUGGCUGUCUCAUUGACAGCCACUAGAGGCGCUUGCGUGCUUCUCACUGUGAUUUUCACAGUGAGAGCACGCAAGUGUCCAUAGGAAAGCAUUGUAAGCUCUUGCCGCGCGUGCGCAUUCAGCCCAGGAGGAGGAUCGGAGGAGGCAGAGAGCUCCCCGCCCAGCGCUGGAAAAAGGUAAGUUUUAACCCCUUUCCCCUUUCCAGAGCCGGGCGGGAGGGGGUCCCUGAGGGUGGGGGCACCCUCAGGGCACUAUAGUGCCAGGAAAACGAGUAUGUUUUCGUGGCACUAUAGUGGUCCUUUAAGCAUGCGUGGGAUAGGCAUAAGGCUAUCCUAACUAUAAGAUAAGGCCAGGGACUAAUGAAAGUAUUUAGAAAAUUGGGCAGAUUAGAUGGGCCGAAUGGUUCUUAUCUGCCGUCACAUUCUAUGUUUCUAUGUUAACCUUUCAUCACAACUAAAAUUCCUCUGCAGCAAAGAAAUAUCCUGCUUACAUUGUAUUACUUUAGUUUUUUGUCAUCUGCAAAUACUGAAAUUUUACUUUCAGUGCCAAUUUUAAGAUCUAAAAAAUAAGUGGUCCUACAACAGAACCCUGAGGGACACCACUUACCAUUUUUGCCGUGCUUGAAAAUUUUGCAUUAGUGAUAGCUCUGUACUUUUAAGGCAGUGGUUCUACCCAGUGUGUUGUAAGGACAAACUUAAAAGAUUGUUUUAGGCAGCAUUGGAUGCUGAAUGUAAAUAUGCUGACAAACAUGUCUUCUAACCACUUUUCUUUUAGGGUUACUCCAGCACAAGGGUGACAAGAACAGCUUCUCAACACGUUUUGGCCAAGGUUCAAUAAUUGGGGUUCAUCUGGAUACGUGGCAUGGAGUCCUUACUUUCUACAAAAAUAGGAAGUGCAUUGGUAAGCAUUGACUUUUUCUGUGUUUAGGUGGCUGACUUUACAGCCCGUUAUGCCAUAAAACCACUCCGGCAGAACUGAGUGGUAAACAUCCGGUACACGUGGUCAUACAGGAUCUGGCUGGGAUAUCCUAGAUCUGUCACUUGCCUGGGAUAUGUUAAUGGGAUACUCCUGGCUUGAGAUGAUUCCUCCUGUUUAAAGUAUCGUGUAGAUAACACGUUUCGAAAGAAAUAAUGCAAAAGAAUCUUCACAAAUAAAAUCCAUGUUCCUUUGUGCAAAUCUAAGGAGUCCCUCUGAUGUGCAUGGCAUCAGAGCUCUUGUUAAAUGUUGCCUCUUUCGUAUGAUGGCAAGUAAGCAGGUGCCCAUAUGAACAUCAAUGCAUUAUGGGAUUUUUAACUGCAGUCUUUUUUCCUUAUGAAACUAAUAAAUUCUGUAAUUUUAGUAAACUUCAAAAAAACUACUUCCAACUUGUAUUUACAUGUAGUGUGUGUGGGUUUGAUUUUCCCCUUAUUUCUGCUUCCUUACCCCAGACCAGUCAUGUUCUCCCUAAUAACCUGCGCUGGUAAAACUAGGUGAAUUUAAGUUGGAAAGAAUUAGACUGUCCAACUCCAAAACCCAGCACAGGGAGAAAUGUAGGGAAAGGUGGUAAAGCUAAGUGAAUCUUGCCUUUGGUAUCUUGCAUAAAAAGUUUUUUAGCUUCACUUUUCUCUGUUGGAUCUUGUUCUACUUGUUAAAAGGUUCAGUAAUCUGCAUCUCCUCUAGACAAAUUUUUUAUUUAUGACUGGACAUUCUUCGGCUAAUAAUGGCAUUCGCCCACUCACAUACAAUGUUAUUGGUUAAUGCAAUUACGGGUGGGGUAUUCUGAGCUACUGAUGGAAGUAGUUUUCAGGCACCUAUACCUUUAAAAUUUACGGGUGUUUAUUCUUUUGAUAAUUGUCUAAUGGAGAUCUUAUGUGGUGUGGGGAGAUGUUUACUUUUUUUUUUUUUUCUCUUCCAGGCGUUGCUGCUACUCAGUUGAGGAACAAGAAGCUAUUCCCAAUGGUGUGCUCCACAGCAGCGAAGAGUAGUAUGAAAGUGAUCCGGUCGUGCUGCUGCCGCACCUCUCUGCAAUACUUGUGCUGUGCCCGUUUGCGCCAACUUCUUCCUGAUUGUGUUGACUCUUUGGAAGCCCUGCCUCUGCCCCCAGGUCUCAAACAAGUCCUGGGCAACAAGCUAGGAUGGGUUCUUCAGAUGGGGACCAGCCAGCAAUACAAAGAUGACACCCAGGCUACCACGUCCUGCGGGAGUGAUUCGGACAGCAACUGCCCACCAAGGCCAGAGGACUGUCAACGCAAACGUUGCCGCAGGAUUUAA